UGCAGGGCGUAAAACUUCAACGUGAAAUCACAUAGCCAGCACCUGACCACGAUACGAUAUAAGUAGCGCCGCCGAAGAAUCGAUCAUCAGUCUCUGUUGGGCAAACGCAGGCUAUCUCAUCGAAUGAAAGUCAGUAGGCCAAGUUCUCCUGGCCUUUGGCCAACGGCUUGAUCACAAACAACAGACUUUCCUGAUACACGACUCUGUGUGAUCCCAGUGGUGACGACGGCACAAUAAGACCAGAUAUGCUUUUGCGUUAAGUUGUGAGACACCAGUAAUUAAAGCCUAGAGCAACUGAAAUUGAUAAAAAUCUGAUGCUAACAGUGUCGCAAUUGGGAGACGCCAAAGACAGUUGCGCUUAGCACUAUGUGACAUCAGAUACAGCUUUACUGAGAAAAUUGUGUCGUUACAUCGACUGACGUAUUGAAAACGGUGCCGUGGGAGUCCUCUAAACCUGAAAGCAUCGACUCCUGAGACCAGCAUGGGACUGGGUGAACAAAUCAACGGGCACGCCACAGCUGUCAAGGACAUUGAAAAUGGCGCACCUCCGGUACCUGCCGCAGACAGCAGAGCGGCGUCGCCAUCUUGUGGUUGCUGCGUCCGGAAAAGACCAUUCAAUCUCAAAGUUUUCGUUAAAAAAUAUUUUCUAGAAGGGCAGCAUCUCCUACCAGCCCAGGAGGAAGCUCUGAGGUCUCUCCCACACGAUGCCAAGUGGUACAAGAAGAUGUUUGUCCGGCACAGACGCGUCGUCGGGGUGGCCAUUCCGGCCACAGUCAUCAUCUUUGCCUGGCUUUCUAUUAUGAUCCGAUAUGACUACUGGAACCUGUUUCCGGAGAAAUAUUACAUGUCCAUAACUAUGGUGUUUGGGUCCCUGGUUGCAGGAAUGACAAGCGAAGGUGGGGGUGCGGUUGCGUUUCCCGUAAUGACUCUUGCGUUCAGUAUCUCCCCAGCCGUUGCCAGGGACUUCUCAUUGGCCAUCCAGUCCGUCGGGAUGACGGCGGCCGCCUUCACCAUCAUCUACAUGAAGAUUCACCUGGAAUGGCACGCCAUACUUCUCUCCUCUGUCGGCGGUGUUGCGGGCAUUAUCAUUGGGCUGGAGUUCGUCGAUCCGUAUUUGACGCCGGCCCAGAAGAAAAUCAGUUUCGUUUGCAUCUGGUUCACGUUUGCCUUCGCUCUUUUUUCACUGAACAUCAACCACAAACGACGCACCUUUCCUAAAAUCCCGAUAUUCAACUUGUGGAAAGCAUUGGUAUUGGUUCUCACUGGCUUCGCGGGCGGCAUUUUCACAUCCUUUGCAGGAAGCGGGCUGGAUAUCUGCAGCUUCAGUAUCCUCACCCUCCUGUUCCGCGUCAGCGAGAAGACUGCCACGCCCACUUCCAUCGUGCUGAUGGCGGGAAAUACAGUGGCGGGCCUGUUUUGGAGGAGCGUCAUCAUACGCGGUGUUGCCAUUGACUGCUGGCAGUACGUUGCCGUCUGCGUCCCCGUGGUCAUCUUCGGUGCUCCCCUGGGCUCCGUGAUAGGAAGCCAUUUCCACCGCUUGGUCCUCGCGGCGCUCAUCUACGUCCUUGACACGGUGGCCUUGGUGGCCGCCUUCGCCAUCGUGCGUCCUCUCACUCUAGAACUUAUCCUCAUAGCUGUUGGAAUCAUCAUAUUUGGUGCCGUCUUCUUUUUCUUGGUUACGAAAGCUGGCGCGCUGCUGCUUCAGGGCGUUGAAACGACGGAGAGUAAAGCACUCCAGGAGACAGAUCUGGGGGAGGAAAACGCAGUGAGUAGUCUUACUGACGAAAAGGCAAGAGAAGCAGAGGUGAUCAAGUCAGGCGAAGAUAGCGUUAAGAUAGAGGAAGUUUUUAAAGAGCAAGAACGCAAGGACGUCGAUUUCGGAAGUACUACAAAAGAGGCCGAGUUAGGCGACGGUAACUCGAAGAGCGGUGCUGUAGAUGAAAGCACGGAUCUCUGA